AUUUGUUCUAACUUGACAUAUUCUCCUUUUCUUCCUUACAGUUAUAAAGGUGUCUUCACAGUCUGAGCUGUUUCAACCACCUGUCAAUGUGCCCACUUUCCACACCUUCCUGAUCCUCAUUAGUGUAACAGUACUUUGCAUCAGGACUAGCUGCAGAAUAAAGUGGACAUGGAGACAGGCCACUCCCGCUCACGUGUGACUCCAAGCUAAGACACAUUCAGACAGGUGUAUCAGCCCAGUCAGAUCUGCUAUGUCAUUUCAUCGCCGAGCUUCAGGACAAGAGGAUUACAUGAGCUGUUUGCAGGAUGAUGGAGAGUCAGCAUGAGUCUUUGGUCUGGUUCAAGGAGUCGCAGGUCGGGACUGUGAUCAGAAACGGCGUCGUCCCCGAGUGGUUUCAUGGGAUCAUUUCCAGGAAUAUGUCAGAGGAACUGCUGAUGUCCAGGCGUCGAGGCUACUUCCUCAUCAGAGUCAGUGAGAGCCGGAUCGGUUACACUCUCUCAUACCGUGCUGAUGACCGCUGCAGACAUUUCAUGAUCGAUGCAUUAGAGGACGGUCAGUACAUCAUAGUUGGAGAAGACCUGCGUCAUCGGGGUCUGCAGGAGCUCAUAGACUUCCACCGCAGGACUCCCAUCAUGCCUUUCAGCGAGUUGUUGACUGUCGCUUGUGGACAGAGAUCCAAUCACAAGUCUGACUAUGCAGAGUUGCUGUUUUCCCCAAAACCUGUAAAUACCCACAUCGGUUGGAUGGAAAACAACUCGAAGCAUCCAAGCUCAACCCUCCCAACAUCAGAAGAAGAAAUCCCCCCCGCUCUUCCUCAUCGAGAUACCAUGAGGAACUCUGCAGUCCUGUCUCCAAACAGACUUUACCCUAAUCUGUCAGAAGACCAUCCGUUCAUCACCCCACCUCUCCCAGCAUUGGAUCUCCAGCCUGUGACCAGAAAGAGAUCGGUCAACCCUCCGUCCCACCAGCGCCCGGAGGUCCCCGCCCGAAGCCCCUUCCCUCCAGCGAGGGAGAACCAGGCUUGCAUCAGAACAGUUUCUGCACCUGGGACCCCCCUCGCUCCCACAGCCACUCCACCCCACAUGAGCGCCACCAUGCAGUGUGCAAAGAUUCAGGAAGCAAAGCUGUCAGUCGUCUCCAACCUGAAGAACCUGAAGAAGAAAUUCCAAAAGAUAGGCAGACCGUUGCAGGAGAAUCCCGUGGAGGAGAGGAGUGGAGUCACGGAGAACGAGUACCAGGAGAUCACAGAGAAGCCCGCUGUUAAUGAGUCUCCAUAUUCCCUCGCUUAUGAUGAUGAUGGGUUACCUUACGAAUACCUUCCUCCUCCACCUUUUGCUCCUAGCUACUACAAGCCUCCUCCACCUUCUGCUCCAUUAGAGAAUAUUGUACAGAUGGAUCCGACCCUAAGAGGUGGCAGAAACACGACAGAAGCAUCAAUAAACAAAAAAUGAGCUAUUGACCAUUAAAACACUUUAAAGGUCACCUAUUAUGCAAAAUCCACUUGUUCAUGUCUCUUCUACAUCAAC